GGGGCGGGGGCGGGCGACGCGGAAGUGCCGGGCGUGCGGACCUGCUGGAGGCGCAACUUCGGGAGAGGGCAGCUCGGCCCCGCCGCCCAGCCUGUGCUCCUGGGCGCAGCCACGCGGGCGCACCGCAGACAGACCCCUUUGCCAUGAACCAGCCUGCUCCCACUGCCGCCCCUCCACCCCGCCGCGUGCGGCUGAAGCCCUGGCUGGUGGCCCAGGUGAACAGCUGCCAGUACCCAGGGCUUCAGUGGGUCAACGGGGAGAGGAAACUCUUCUACAUCCCCUGGCGCCAUGCCACACGGCAUGGACCCAGCCAGGAUGGAGAUAACACCAUCUUCAAGGCCUGGGCCAAGGAGACGGGGAAGUACACUGAGGGGGUGGACGAGGCCGAUCCGGCCAAGUGGAAGGCCAACCUGCGCUGUGCCCUUAACAAGAGCCGGGACUUCCGCCUCAUCUAUGAUGGGCCCCGGGACAUGCCGCCUCAGCCCUACAAGAUCUACGAGGUCUGCUCCAAUGGCCCCGCUCCCGCAGAGUCACAGCCCAGUGAGGAUUAUGCCCCCAUUGGUACAGGAGAGGAGGAGGAGGAGGAAGAGGAAGAGCUCCAGAGGAUGUUACCAAGCCUGAGCCUCACAGAACCUGUGCAGCCCCGCCCCCCCAUGCCACCCUACUCUUUACCCAAAGAGGAUGUCAAGUGGCCACCCACUCUCCAGCCACCUGUGGUGAUUGGCCCGCCUGCUCCAGAUCCCAGCCUCCUGGGCCCUGCCCCUGGCAAUGCAGCUGGCUUUGGGGACCUUCUCCCGGAGGUCCUGCCAAGCCUGCAGCCUGGGGGGCCUCUGGUUGCCAGCCUACCCCCCACAGGCGAACAACUCCUGCCCGACCUGCUGAUCAGCCCCCACAUGCUGCCUUUGACUGACCUGGAGAUCAAGUUCCAGUACCGGGGGCGGCCACCCCGUGCCCUCACCAUCAGCAACCCACAUGGCUGCCGGCUCUUCUACAGCCAGCUAGAGGCCACUCAGGAGCAGGUGGAGCUCUUCGGUCCUGUGAGCCUGGAGCAAGUACGCUUCCCCAGCCCUGAGGACAUCCCCAGCGACAAGCAGCGCUUCUACACAAACCAGCUGCUGGAUGUCCUGGACCGCGGACUCAUCCUCCAGCUACAAGGCCAGGAUCUGUAUGCCAUCCGCCUGUGCCAGUGCAAGGUGUUCUGGAGUGGGCCCUGUGCCUCAGCCCACGGCUCACACCCCAACCCCAUCCAGCGGGAGGUCAAGACCAAGCUUUUCAGCCUGGAGCAUUUUCUCAACGAGCUCAUCCUGUUCCAGAAGGGCCAGACCAACACCCCACCACCAUUCGAGAUCUUCUUCUGCUUUGGGGAGGAGUGGCCUGACCGCAAACCCCGAGAGAAGAAGCUCAUCACAGUACAGGUGGUGCCCGUAGCAGCUCGGUUGCUGCUAGAGAUGUUCUCAGGGGAGCUUUCUUGGUCAGCUGAUAGUAUCCGGCUACAGAUCUCAAACCCAGAUCUCAAAGACCGCAUGGUGGAACAGUUCAAGGAGCUUCAUCACAUCUGGCAGUCCCAGCAGCGGUUGCAGCCUGUGGUCCCGGCCCCUCCUGUGCCAGGCCUUGGUGCUGGCCAGGGGCCCUGGCCCAUGCACCCAGUUGGCAUGCAGUAAUGAGGCUGCAGAUAGUGACUGGCCCAGGCUUCCUGGGCGGCUGUGCGGACUGAUGUGGAGGUGCAGUGGCCCCAGUGGGCACCUGACUGGCUGCAGGGUCCUAUCUCUGGGUUUCCCAGAAGUAGAUUUGGGCCAAGAAGGAGAGGGAAAAGGCCCAAGUUCCAGAUUCUCCCUGCAGAAGCUGAGAGAAGCUGGUUUUGCUCUGAGGGCUCUGUCUCCCUGGAUGAGCCUCUCCUCUACUAGCUUUGGUCUGCUGGCUCUGGAGGAACUCAGCCAUCAGCCCCAGCGAGCAGGGGAGGAACUCCCCCAACCCUGGGGGCCUAGUUGUACAGAGGGAAUUGCCCCAGAGUGGCCCACUCUUGUGGUUGCCCCCAUUUCCUCUGGCAAAAAGAACUAAGUGCUGUGGGCCGGGUCCCCCUCGCAAGGCCUCUGCAGGGCACGGGCCUGAUUUUGGGGUUCCUUAGUUUGAGCCUCGCUUCCUCAUCUUUCUCCCUCCUGAGAUAGAUAUGAGCACUUAGAUAUUACACCAGACACUUAAGACUGGCAGCUACCUCCCUUCUUGAGAGUCCAAGAAUCUUGGGUAGAAAGUAGAAUGUUAUGUAUUUUUGGAUUAAUAAAUGUCAAAAACAGA